UAAAUUAUAGGGAUUGAGUGUGUGAGUGAGUGAGCGAGUGAGUAUGUAAAUGAUGGUGAUUAAGUGAGUGAGUGAGUAUAUAAAUGAUAGUGAUUGAGUGUGUGAGUGAGUGAGUGAGUAUGUAAAUGAUAGUGAUUGAGUGUGUCAGUGAGUGAGUAUGUAAAUGAUAGUGAUUGAGUAAGAGAGUGUGUAAAUGAAUGAUUAAGUGAGUAUGUAUGUAUGUAUGUAUGUAUGUAAAUGAGAGGGCGUAAAUGAGGGUGUGAUUGAGUGAGUGUGUAAAUGAUAGAGAUUGAGUUUUUGUAUAAAUGAUAGUGAUUAAGCGAGUGUUUAUGUAAAUAAGAGUGAUUGAAAGAUUAUGUAAAAGAGAGUGAGUAUGUAAAUGAGAGUGAUUGAUUAUGUAAAUAAUAGUGAGUGAGCGCUGGGCAGGUCAGGGAUUACAUAGGUUACAAUUCGGAGUAGACAUUUACUACACACACAGACAAAUUCCCAAACUCUCUCACAGUUUAAGGGAAUGUUAUUUUCAUCCUCUGUGCUCCUACAAUUAAAGCAGUCGAUAUUAGAAGUGAGAUAUUCUCUCUCCACCCCCUCUUUUGUUACUCGGUGUGAAAACAGAGGCACUACCUCAGAGCGGUUCUAGUUGUUAGCUAGCAGGCUAGUUGCUCGCCCGCUUCCCCUGCGGCCUGUUGGAGAUGAGUGGAAGAUGUCCGUGUCGGGGCUCAAGGCCGAAUUAAAGUUUUUGGUAUCAAUUUUUGACCCGAAUCACGAGCGUUUCAGAAUUAUCAACUGGAAACCCGACGAGCUUAGCUGUCAGUUUAAUGUGACUGGUGAAAAGCUACUGAUCAUCCACUGCAAUAUUACGGAGGCUUACCCUUCAACUCCCCCUUUAUGGUUUGUGGAAUCAGACGAUCCAAGUUUGACUGAGGUGUUUGAGCAUCUGGAGGAUGUCCGGAAAGGCAGUACCUUGCUCCUCCAGCAGUUGAAAAGACUGAUCUGUGAUCUUUGUCGACUGUAUAACCUGCCCCAGCACCCUGAUGUGGAGAUGCUGGACCAGCCUCUUCCUGCUGGACCCAUCAGUCAUGAGAGAAAGCAUGUAACAACAGAUGAAGUAACAUCUGAUGAAGAGGAGGAGGAGGAAAUGACUGAGCAGGACAUCGAAGAUCUUGACCACUAUGAGAUGAAAGAGGAGGAACCUGUAGAUGCCAAGAAGUCAGAAGACGAUGGGAUAGAAAAGGAGAACCUUGCUAUUCUAGAAAAAAUCCGCAAGAACCAAAGGCAGGACCACUUGAAUGGUGCAGUGUCUGGCUCUGUUCAAGCCUCAGACCGUCUUAUGAAGGAACUCAGGGAGAUCUAUAGGUCACUGAGUUACAAGACAGGAAUCUAUUCAGUGGAGCUAGUCAAUGACAGUCUUUAUGAAUGGCAUGUCAAAUUGAGAAUGGUAGAUCCAGAUAGUCCAUUACAUAGUGACUUGCAGGUCUUGAAAGAAAAAGAAGGGGUCGACUAUAUUCUGCUCAACUUCUCUUAUAAAGAUAACUUUCCUUUUGAUCCACCCUUUGUACGAGUAGUGUCUCCUGUACUCUCUGGAGGUUAUGUUCUUGGAGGAGGGGCCUUGUGUAUGGAACUACUAACAAAACAGGGCUGGAGCAGUGCCUAUUCCAUAGAGUCUGUCAUUAUGCAAAUCAAUGCCACCCUAGUCAAAGGGAAAGCUAGAGUACAGUUCGGAGCCAAUAAGAACCAGUAUAAUCUUGCUAGAGCACAACAGUCAUAUAAGUCUUUGGUCCAGAUCCAUGAAAAGAAUGGUUGGUACACACCUCCUAAAGAAGAUGGUUAAGAAGAAUGAGACUAAUCUUCUUGAACACUGAGAAUAUGGGAUUCAUGAUCAACUAUUUGCAUUUUAAUUGUUCUAAAAUCCCUCUAAAUUUCUUCUGUUCAGCCGGUGUGUGAGGUCCCACUGGUCUGUUCCCCUAAUUUCACUCUGUCUCCUUCUGUCUGUCCACUUUUCUUGCUGUUACUCGUGUCUGCUCUCAUCUCAUGUUUUGUCCAAUUCGUUACUGGGAACGGAGGGAUGUGUGAGAGGCACACAGCUUUGGUACUAAUGCGUGUCUUACACAGAGCAACUUUUAGUGACCACCAGAUUCUUGUUGUUUUGACUGGAGCAAGGCAUGGCUUUCAUGGAUUAACACCUGAAAGGAAUAACGUGUGAAUAUUCUGGAUUUUACUCCCAUGCUCUUCUUUUAAUGUAAGUUAUUGUGGCUAUCACAUCAGACUUUUGGCAGGGGGUUCUUGAACUUCAGACAGAAAUGGGUGCAAUAAGAGACAAUAUGAAGAUUUGCCACCUCUCUUAUACCUGCUGGCGCUGCUCUCUACUUUUAUCUUUUGUGUUCUGUUAUACCAUGUGCUGAUACAUUUAAUGCUGAUAUUCUUUUUUUUUUUUCUUUAAAAAAAAUCAUUUCCUCUAAUGGUAAAAGUUCGAUGAAGGUAAGGUAUGGGAUUUAUUUCAGUAUUCAACUUGUUAACUGUGGAUGAAUACCACUCUGUGUAGUGUUUCCUGCUCUUAGCCUGUGGUUAAUUUGAGCAGUAUUUUGCAAUCACAAGCCUUUUAACUGGCAAAUAAGAAAAUGUCAUUGUUCUGUAUUUGGACAGAAACCUGCUUGUGUACUCGUAAAUGGAUAUGUGGUACAAGUCAUUUUUAAUGUGCUGUUGAUGUGAAGUCUUGGGCUAUGCCACAAUAUCCAGUCAAGACUUUGAUUGUAAUAUUUAAUUGGUUGUCUUGAGGAUAUGGAAAAUGGAGAGCACCUAAACCUGUGUUUUAUUCAGGGCUUUGAAACAUUAAUCUUCUACGUAUUCACCAAUUCAUGUUUGUUAGUUAUUCAUAGUAUAAAACAGUCACUGAUGAGAAGGAAUCAUUCUCUUUGGGUUUUUUUUCCCCACAUAGUGCUGCUUUAACAUGGUAAUUUUGCAAUUUCUUUGUCAUUAUCCAGAAAAUCUUCAGGAAGUCUGUUUAACUGUUAUUACUGUGGUUAAUAUGCUAAAACUGAUGGGUUUAGUAUCUUUUUUUUUUUCUUCUUUUUUUUUUAAUGCCAAAAUGACUUUUUGUAUUUUAAGCACUGUCUACCCAUUAUCUGGUUUAAUUGAAAGCAUACAGGUCUAUAUAAUUUACAACCAGGCAUUACGUGUUCACUUACUCUAAUGAAGAAUAUGUCUCUCUGUUGGUUCUGUUUUGUUUUUAACCAAAGCGCUCAUCACUUUUCAGCAUGUUUUGUGGUCAAAGUUCAGCAUCUGUUGAGAGGAGAUAAUAGCAAGAAUCCUGGCUUCGUUAUGGUUAUUUGUUAUAAUUUCCUUCCCAACUUCAUCAAGUCUUCUACCAAGAUAAUUUCUGUCUUAGGAAAUGGCCCAGGAUGUAACUGUUGGCCUCUUUUUGCACAGAGUAUUAAAAAUGUGCCUCAUAAAUAAAGGGUUAGAGUCAUCUCCUGACUCUAAGCCAAUCACAAUUACAGAAAAGCCAUAUCUAACACUGGCUUGUUGAUCUAUAAAUCUGUGACAUAAAAGCAACCUGCCAUAUAUAAAUGUAGGUCAACAGAAGUAUUGAGUAAGGUGUCUUGAAGCAUAUGAUCGUGUUUGAACUCUAAGAGUAGCACAGCUCAGUCUUUAAAUUGAUGCUAUUCUCCAGAUUUUAGUGUUCACAGCAGGAUGUUCAAACCAUGCUUGCUGUUUGAUUUUUAAUUAAGUUUAGAAUUUAACACAUCUACACCUCUAAAUCAGGAUACACCCGGUUUGAUGUAAUCUUCUGUUGGUAACAUUAUGUUCGUUGUGCUGCCAUGACUGGAUAGUGAUAGCUUAUUUUUCUGGAAAUACUGACCUCAGCUUAACUAAUGAUGGUGUCCUUUUUGGUGCCAUCUCAUAUUGGAAUCAUCCUUUUGGCAUUCAUUCAUUCAGGUUGUUCUUUUCCACUGCUAGAGAACUUUGAUCAUGUACAGUAAAUUUUGUAAACUUGCAUCAAGUUUAUGAAUAAAGAAUUUUACAAGGG